UGGGAAGUACUCAUUAUGGGCGCUCACGAUACUUUAUAUGAAGGAGGCUUCUUUAAAGCUCGUCUCUCUUUUCCAAAGACAUAUCCUAUCGAUCCUCCCACAAUGGUUUUUACAACAAAAAUGUAUCAUCCUAAUGUUUACCCUGAUGGCACAGUGUGCAUUUCUAUACUUCAUCCACCUGGAGAUGAUAAAUAUGGCUAUGAACAUGCAAGUGAACGUUGGUCACCUGUUCACACCGUAGAGACCAUUCUAGUCUCUGUCAUAUCUAUGCUUUCCAGUCCCAACGAUGAAUCGCCUGCCAAUAUAGAAGCUGCCAAGGAGUAUCGUGAAGAUUACCCUCAAUUCAAAAAGAAGGUAGCAAAAUUAGUUAGACAAUCCGCUGAAAUGCUGUAA